UGCAACUGUUCCCAUAAACCUGAAACAGAAACCGUCCCUGCUCAGCUCCCAUAGACUUCACAUCGCUUCAUACUCUGUACUGUGAUGAUCACAGGAGCCAAGGCCUCCUAAAAGAAGACAGCUCACAUUUGACUGCCUGUUGCCAGCUUUUUAUCUUUCUCUUGACCACUUAAAACAUCAGUCUUCUUGCUUUUGAAUCUUCCUGGCAUCAUGGAAAAAGUCCAAUACCUCACUCGCUCUGCUAUCAGGAGGGCCUCAACUAUUGAAAUGCCUCAGCAAGCACGUCAAAAUCUCCAGAACCUCUUUAUCAAUUUCUGUCUCAUCUUGAUAUGUCUCCUACUGAUCUGCAUCAUUGUGAUGCUUCUAUGAAGUGCUGCUGCCAUGUCCACAUCCGCAACAUGCCAGCUGUGCUUAAACCCUAGCACUCCAUCAAGAGAAGCAACGCAGCCUUCUCCCUGCCGAGAAGGUCUUUGUGAAGGUCAAGAUUUAAGAGUGAAACAAAUUGUUAGCCAAUGUGUUCAUCUACUGGAUCUUGUAAAGAAACUUAACAGUGACUAAGUGUGCAUAAUGUAGCUGCCAAUUUCCUCAAAAUGGCUCAUAAAUUUCCUUCCUAAAUAUUUCUGACAAUGAAGUAUGAGUUUUAAUUUUGAAACAGCACUGUAAAACAAGUUCACUUACUAUAUCCAGCACUAGAAAGCUCACUUUAUAACUUCAGUUUGGGAGAUAAAUGAAAUUUAUACUGUGUUGCCAAUUUUUUUUACAGGAACUAAGUAUUCAGGCCUCAGCAAAUUAGAAAAAUAAUAAUAUAAAUGAAGUUUUCUUAUUCAAACUAUCUCCCUGGGUCCUCACAUGCAUGAUGAUGAUAAUGAUUAUUCAGAAGUCUUAGUAGUUACUCUGUCAGAACAAAUACCUUCAAAUAAAGAUCAUGUCCUUUUUCUAUACACUAAUUUUUUAAAUAUUUCUAAACACUAAUAUUUUAAAUAUAAUAUUUAAAAUAAUAAUUUUAAUAUUUAUGAGAAUCAAAUAGGGAAAAGAGCCUAGUCUCAUAUAAAAUUCAUCACUAAUUUUUCUCAAGGAUUGUGGAAUUCAAGUACUUACAUUAAGCACAAGUCUCCUCUGUCUAGGGCCUGCUGAUCAACAUCUUCCUGUGUGACUGUGAUAAUCACUAAAAGCCAGAACCUCUCCUGAAUUUGACAUUGACAUGUAUAGCCUUAGUUUAACAGGGUUUCUCCUAUUCCAACCACAUUUCUGAUAACAGGACAAGAUAUUUCAAGCACUAUAAAAUUUUAAAUUCUGAUCUCUCUCUCCAAAUACUAAUCCUUCCAUUAUAUUUAAGCAUGAACUUUUAUUCAAUAUAUUACCUGUAAUAAGAUACAGCUCUUUUCUUCUAUCUCCCAGAGAGAAAACAGUUGCUUUCCUAAGUAGUUAAGCUAGCAAUACUAUUUUAUAAUUUUUUAAGCAUAAUUUGCUUUGUUUUGUUAGAAAAAAAUACUCAAGCAAGGUCUACAAUCAUUGGUCAAUUAAGAAUGACAAGAACAGUAAAAUAAAAUACCGAUUAUAUUUUCAUUUCUCUUUCUAUAUCUUUCAAUAACUACUAUAAGAAUAGGAGGAAAAACUCUAGUGGAAAAUAUAUCUGCCAAAAUUUGGUUAACUUAAAUAGGGUCAAAUAUAAAAACAUUUUAUACCUCUACUUUGUAAUCCCAUAAUUUUAAGUCCAGCUCAAGAUAUGCUACCAACAAAGUAAUUAUUAAGGAAGAGAAUUAUAAUUAGAUAUAUUCCCAUAAUGAUACUACAAAAAUAGAAAGCAUCAAUACUUACUUUGAUUCCUAACAGAUCAGCUAAGGGCAUGCUGACUCAAACUGUCUGGAUCCCUGGUUGAAAGGGAGAUGUUUGGGUUCAGAAAUUAUCUAAAGAGCAGCCAAAAGAGGAGUCCAAUAUUAAUAGGGUCUCUUCAGUGAAGGCUGGAAAUGCCCAUCAAGAAAACUAUAAAGCAUGGAUGACAUAAUCGCCUAAAUCAGGGGUUCCCAACCUUCCUAAUGCUGCAACCCUUUGAUACAGUUCCUCAUGUUGUGGUGACUGCCAACAAUAAAAUUAUUUUCAAUGCUACUUCUUAACUGUUUUGCUACUACUAUGAAUUGUAACGUAAAUAUCUUUGGAGAUAGAGGUUUGCCAAAGAGGUCACAACCUACAGGUUAAAAGCCAUUGAUAAAUGGUCUGAGUAAUUAUCUAUGUAAAAGUAUGUACAUUCUAAAAUUGGCUGAACUGAUAGGAAAAGUGAAACCACAGCUGAAACGUCUUUUAUUACAUUUUAUUACAUUGCUCACUAGUACAUUAGCUUCAAGGUAUUAACUGUCAACUUAUAGAGUUCUCUUCAUUAAACAGUCAAUGCUGCCUUUUACAUAGUAGUUAAAAAGUUUAUCUAUAAUAUUCAAACAGAAUCACCUAUAUUCAAAUAAAUAUUUGAUUUUGGUGAAA